AUGGAAUUUCUAUAUUUCAUUUUUCAAGUCCUUAGCUUAAUACGGAUUAAUCAAAAUACUGUAUUUUAUAGAUCUUUAAAAAAGUGUAGAUAUUUAAGUGAGAUUAUUAUUGAAAAUGUAACAUCAACUAAAUUAUAUUCUGACGAUUGUUACGAUAAAAAUGGUGUUAUAAAUGAUAAUAAUUAUGUUCUUAAGAAUACAUAUGAUGAAUAUGAAUCAUAUAAAAGGAUAAAAAAAAUUAAACAGUGUAAAAAUAUAUUAAAAGAAAAUAAAUUAUCAGAAAGUAUAUUACCUGAAAGUACAUUACCAGAAAGUACAUUACCUGAAAGUACAUUAGCAGAAAGUACAUUAGCAGAAAGUACAUUAGCAGAAAGUACAUUAGCAGAAAGUGAAUUUUCAAAAUAUAAGUUAUCAAAUGAUACUAUUAAUGAAAAUUUGGAAUCUCAUCUAUACCUAAAUAGUUCACCAUCUACUUCACAUUCUAUGUAUUACCAUGAUUCUAAGUGUAAUGAAAACAUUAAUGAAAGUAAUAAUGCCACGAAUGAAUUGAUGGAAAAAUCGGUCUCAAUUAAAUAUCCCAUAUAUAACUGGGAGUUAGGUAAAGCAUGUUUAAGUAAAUAUUUGGGACAUUCGAAUAAUUAUUUUUUAAAUGGCGUAAAAUUUGAUGAAUGGAAAUUAGUAUCUUUUCGAGACAGAUAUUACAAUGAAAGAAAAGGUAGAGUUCAUAAAAUACUUAAAACUAAAAUUACAGGAAAUGAUGGAAAUAAUAAAAGAGAAUUAAAAUUAUUUAUAAAAAGAAUACCUAUAGAUAUGUGGUUGAAACAAUUUGAAAUGAUGGAUACAUAUAAUGGUGAAUAUAUUAUAUGUGCAGAAAAUUUUGUAAUGGAAGCAAUUGUAUUAUCAUUUUUAAGUGCUUAUCAUCCUGGUAUAGGUCCAAAAUUUUAUAAGUUAUUAUUUAAUCCGGAUAAUUACUAUAUAGAUGAAAAUAAUUCAUCAAUGAAUAAUAUAAAUGACAUCAGCUUAUUUAAUAAAUUAUUAAGUGAUCGUUUAAGAAUGAAUAUGAGUGGAUAUAUAUUAAUGGUAUCAGAAUCAUUUGGUGAAGAUUUAGAAACAUAUUUAUGUACUGUAAAUAAUAAGAAAAUAUUUAAAAGUCGUAAAAAGAAUAAAAAAAAACUUUUAUUUGAAUCUUUAAAAUUAAUUAAUAAAUUACAUCAAGCAGGAAUAUGUCAUUUGGAUUUUACAUUAGAUAAUAUAUUAAUAUCAAAAAAUGGUGAUAUGAGAUUGUGUGAUUUUGCUAAAUGUACUCCAAUGUAUAGUUAUUAUUUAAGACAUACAAAAAAAAUGGAUAGUUUAUGUUUAUUUCAAUCAUGUAUUACUACUAUUGGAAAAUAUAUGUAUGUCCCUCCUGAAUGUUGGGACGUGGAAAAACGUUACGUAGAAGUGGGAACAAAAUUUCCUUUUGAAUAUUUACAAGAAAUUACUGAUGAAGAAGAAAGGAAAAAAUAUUAUUUUGAUGUUUCUUGUGCAGAUAAAUAUAUGCUUGGAAUUGUUUUUAUAGCUAUUUGGAAUAAUAGUUAUUUAUGGUAUAUAUCCGAUCCAAUAAUAGAUAUAAAUUAUUUAAAAUACAAGAAGUGUAAUAUGAAUUUUAAUAAAAUAUGGACCACACUUUUUUGGCCUAAAAAAUUGAAGAGAAUUCUAAGGCAAUUAUUGGAUUUAGAUCGUAGGAAAAAUUUAAAUUUAAAUGAUUUGAUUAAUGAUCCUUGGUUUACUAGAUAA